GACGGAAAUUGUGAACAUGCUCAAUUUGUAUUUAUUGAAAAUAUUAUUUUGUUUUGUGUUGAUUUUCAAAGUGUGAAACCUGCAUGGCAUGCUGAGGGUCCAUGAAAGUAAUAAGUGUAGCACAUAAGACUUCCGUUUCAAAGAGAAAAUUCUAUUACCCACCGUUUUAUUCAUUUCAUAUGUGGUAAUUAAAACACAUAAUAACGGGUUCAUAUGUGGUGUUUCAAAAGGUGUCUAUUGUAAAAUUUGUGAACCAUGGAGCAAAUGGAGUUUUGUGUUGAUGAAAUGUUCGAUAUAGACUCUCCCGAGAGCGAUGAAGAAGCGGACAUUGAAGAUGUGAGGCAGUUAACUGCUGUUAUAGCAGCGGACAAGUCUACGGCUGGGUCUUCGGAGCCUCGUACUGUUUCAAACACCACAAUAGAGAAAAUUGAUAGAGCUUUAUCAAUCAACAAGUUAGCCACAGCAAAGUUCACCCAACUUGAAACAGUACUAAUCGGUCGUUUGAAAGAGUGUCGACAAAAACUGCAGGAAACCCGCGACUCUCUAACUGGUAACCAAGGUAAGAAGCAGGACAAACAAGUAUUUAGAUAUUUAACAUGUGGGAAGCCCUAUUUCAAGGAUAGAGAUCAUUUUCCUGCCCCAGACAAUGAUGACACCAUCACAAUGCAGAGGGUGGGCAUGUAUGAUUUCUCUGAAGUGACAUCAGUACCAGGGUGGACAGUCAAGGACAAACACCAAUUUCUUGAACAAAUCACAAUAAUGUCCAGAAAUAUAAAAAAGAAAGAACUGAAUUCUGAAAUUGCACAGUUAAGAAGAGAAUCUAAAGUCAAAGAUUCUAAACAAAUAAACAAACAAGUACUUGCUCUUAAAAAUCAAUUGAGUAAGCUUGACAAAAUGCCUUUAAGCUUAAGUUUGGCAUUACCAAUUGAUCAAGAAUAUGAUUGGGAUGCUAUAGCUGUAGCCUUAAAUCAAAGACAUUCUGCACAAGAGUACCGGGCACUGUGGAAAGUAUUUCUACAUCCAUCUAUAAAUAAGAAAAGUUGGGACCGACAUGAACAUUACAAGUUACAGCAACUUGCUCAGUUAAAUAACUUACAGGAUUGGGACAAAAUUGCUAAAGAAUUGGGUACUGGAAGGACUGCAUACCAAUGUUUUGUAUAUUACCGAACUAACAUGGGUAAUUCCCUCACUGGACGAAAAUGGUCUAAAGAAGAAGAGGAAUUCCUUAGACGGCUAAUUGAUUAUUUCAAGGAAGAAGAUUACAUACCUUGGGGUAAGGUGGCAGCUUUUAUGGAAAGUAGAACUAAAGUUCAGGUGUAUAAUAAAUAUAAUAGGUUAACUGAAGGAAGGAAAGGGAGAUUUCUUCCUGAAGAGGACGCUGUACUCCUCACUGGUGUUGAACAUUUGGGGAAUAAUUUUAAGAAAAUAGCAAAAUUACUCCCUGGACGGUCUCAAGCACAGUUACGAACACGUUACCAUGUACUGAGCAACACUACAAGAACUUCAACAGUUUGGAAUGUAGAGGAAGAUAGAAAACUGAUUCAAAUGAUGUCCAAUCAGGAUUCUUCCUUUAUAAAUUAUGCAUCUUUGACUGAAUUCUUCCCAGACAAGACUAGAGCACAACUAAGAGCUAGAUAUUCAACAUUAAUUAAAUGGAUGAAGAAGAACCCUAAUAAAGAUAUCUCAAAGGCCCCACGUCGAGGCGCGCGUCGUCUUUCUCAUGGCCAAUGCUUAGGAGACUUGCAAAAAGCUGUUGAAAAUCUAAAGAAUAGAAUAGAAUCAGAAGUUAAGUACAAAUCGUCACAUAAAAUUACCAAGAACUCUCCACAUGAAGUUCUAGACCAUGCAAUUAUUGCAACUCUUAUUACAGAAAAAGCAAAAGAAGAAGAAACAAGAAGAUGGCAGUCAAUGGAAGUUGAUCACAAUGCACAGAAAAUGUCUGCCACAACUGUGAUAAACGAUACGAAUCUCCGUAAACUACUAAUUUUUCUAAAAGCAAAACUUGAUAAAGAAAAAUUUUUAGCCAGCAGCUAUGCUAAAGACUACCCAAACCUAUUGCAACCCGAACCACCACCAUGUGUGCUAAACUUAAAAUCAUACUCAAAGAAACAUGAAACACAAUUUUUUCCAUUGUGUGAUGUCAUUCCUGACAUUUGGGGUGACAACAUAUUAAAAAAUUCAGAAUAUGUACUACCUCCAAACUAUGCAACUAUAACAGGCUGUAAGAAACUAAUGUCAUAUAUUGGUUCGAAGCCCACACCCGACAAUCGUACUAUAAGUAUGCAUUACACCCCAAAGAGGAAUAAAUUGAGUAAAGAACAAUUGGAUGCUUACAUGGAAAGAUUCAACACUUUAUUUAUGUGGCCCAUUCUUCUUUCGAAUGAGGAUCCAAGAAGUCUGAAUGAGCAGUAUACACCACAGCCAUUACCUAUAUCAACGGAAGCACAAGCCAAAUGUAAAAGACUGAGGGAGAUGUUCCGUGUAACAGACACACAAGGGAUUAUUAUUCCUCACCCAGAUUCAGUUGAGCAAGAAAUUGCUGAUGAACAAAUUGAUUUGGAUGUUUCAAUGCAAAAUGUAGAUUCAACUUUGAGUACUUGCGUCGGUAAUGAAGGUUUUUUAAUUUAAGGUGAUGCAUUUCAGUCAGCUAGGUAACGCUGCGUCAGCAGAUGGCGUUACUUCUGCAGUUUUCGUAUUUUUUUCCAUUUAUUCGUUUAGUGUUGAGUUCUGACCCAGUGAAAUGUUAGGUGGCGAAAUCUUACAUACAUUAUCUUUAAGUUAAGCUACAAUUUUAAAGUAUUUACUGCAGAUAUCAUAUUAAAACAUUGCAUCAAAAGUUGGUGUCAUUUCAAUUUGUGUACAAACACGAAGCUGUCACACACACAUGCGAACUAGGUUAGCUAUUAAAAGAGAUGCAUAAUUUGAAGUCUACUUCUAACUUCUAAAUGGCGCAUUUGGUAAAGCAGUCGCCGCCAUUCUUAAGUUUCACGGUUCAAACCCAAGUGCAUGUUUU